ACAUCCGAUCCCCUCUCUGCGAUCCACGCUGAGAUUUCCAACCUUCAAUCAACCUUGUUCAAACUGUUAGGUUCUUCACAUCCUUCUUUAGACACCAUCGCAAAGUAUUAUUUCCGUACAGAGGGAAAACAUCUACGACCAUUAUUAGUACUUUUGAUAUCUCAAGCUACGAACGGACUUGGUGGAUCAGGAUGGGAACAUGCUCGUAUAGAAGCUGGAAGAAGGGGAAUGGAUGAUGCUUUAACUUCCCGUGGAGGAGUUUUGAAUGAUUGGAAUCCUGAAAUCAUGGGUCCUGAAUCUACUACAACUUUUUCCGAACCUUUUCUAUCUCAUAAAUCUUCUUCUUCCUCUUCUUUCAUCAAUCCUCAUUCAUCUCUUAAAUUGGAAACGAGUCAAAGUUCAAGUGAAAAUCAUUGGUUGGAAAACGAUACAACGAUAUUACCUACACAAAGAAGAUUAGCAAGUAUAACCGAAAUGAUACAUGUAGCUUCAUUAUUACAUGAUGAUGUGGUAGAUACUUCUCCUCUUCGUCGAGGUCAACCAUCUGCACCUAGUGCAUUCGGAAAUAAAUUAUCAAUCCUCGCCGGAGACUUUCUAUUAGGAAGAGCAUCAGUCGCUUUGGCAAGAUUAGGUAGUAGUGAAGUUGUGGAAUUGCUUUCUACAGUCAUAGCAAAUCUUGUUGAAGGGGAAGUUUUACAAAUGAAAGCUACCAGUUCUCCUGAGAGUAUACCGAGUAAAAAAGGAUUCGAAGAAUAUAUGAGAAAGACAUAUUUGAAAACCGCAAGUUUGAUGGCGAAAUCAGCUAGGGCGGCUGUGGUAUUAGGAGGAUGUGGGGAGGAAGGAAGUGAUUGGGUAAAAGAUGUUGCUUAUGCUUAUGGAAGGAAUUUAGGGAUUGCUUUUCAGUUAAUCGAUGACACUCUUGAUUUUAUCCCUUCUCCAACUCUUGGCAAACCAUCACUAGGGGCGGACCUCCGAUUAGGUUUAGCUACAGCUCCAGCAUUAUACGCAUGGGAAAAUUCUCCAUCACUCGGUCCACUCAUAGCUCGUCGAUUCUCACAAGAAGGGGAUGUUGACAUGGCGAGGGAAUUAGUCAACAGAUCUGACGCUUUGGAAAGGACCAGAGAAUUAGCUAGGAAUUUCGCUAAUGAAGCUAAGAGGGGAAUGGAGAAAUUACCAGAGAGUGAAGCUAGAGAAGCUUUGAUGGAGUUAUGCGAGAAAGUUGUGGAGAGGGUUAAGUGA